GCUUGUUCUUCAAACAAGGAAGAGCUUCGUUAGAGCGAGGUUUAGUUUCAAUUAAGUUUACGUAAUGUCAAGGCGAGUUACGUGGUGCUUUUUUGCAGUUCUUUUAUUGAAUCACCGUAUUGAAGCUCGUGUUGUCUGUAGUAGUGAGGAAUUUCCGACGUAUUCGUCUGAUUUACCUCCAUGCAUACCUUGCCCUAAAACUAAACUGGGUUGUGAGAAUCUCAAGUCUUUGUACACAGAUGCUUAUCUCAGCUGUCUAAAAUGUGCUAACCUCAACACUAAGACUAUUACAGCAUCUUCCACUCCCAGUAAAAAUAUAUCAUAUGAAGCCAACUUGACUGACCCAACUACACUUACAGAGUCUACCAGUGAACAUAUAUCACACAAAGACUUCAAUGAAGACUCGUCAGCAAACAAAGGCUUUCCAACCUGGGCAAUAUGGCUAUGCGUUAUUGUGCCUGUUAGCAUCCUAUUAAUAAUAUCAGUAGUUUUUUCAAAACAAAUAUGGAGGAGAUUUUUCACAACAAGCACACUUGUCUCUUCAACAGUCAACGUCACACAUCCAAUUGUUUCAAAUAUUGCCACAGAACACAAUGAUGCAACUGAAUGUCAACCCAAUGUCAGGUCCCGCUUAACAAGUGAAGGAGUUAAUACUGCCAUUGACAAAGUUGAAACACUAGAUGACGCAGAUGACGUCUAACCUGUGCGAUGACUACCAUCUGAUUAUAUGAGCAUAUGUGAUAUUGCACUAACAAAAUUUAUUGUAAGCUACAGCUAUUUAUGAUUAAUUAGGAAAUUAUUUUUUUAUGGAAAUAUAAUAUAUUUUAAUUACAAAAAAUUUGUAAGACUCAUCAUAUUCUGAUUAAAGGU